ACCUGAAAAAAUCGAACGUUUGAUCGAUGCUCCCCUGUUUUUUCAGUUUACAAUCUCAAAACAAGAUGUCUUGAUACGCGUAUCCGGAGCUUUUAACCUACACAGAUCGGGGCAAAAUUUCAAGUUUUAAAUUUCACGAUGGCCGACUCGCAGUUCGCCGAGGAGUGUCUGAAGCACCACAACACGUUACGCGCUCUCCACAACUCUCCGGACCUGGUCAUCGACAUAAAGUUAAACGAUUUUGCACAAGACUGGGCGCUUACUCUCGCCGGCAAGGAUAUUUUUGAACAUCGGAAAGAAAAUAAUUAUGGGGAGAAUCUCUACGUUGGAUACAACAGCGAUCCCGAGUGGAAGCUCGAUCCUCAAGUGCCGGUCCAAUCUUGGUACGACGAGAUAUCGGCUUACAAGUUCGGAGAGCCGAGACCCAAGAAUAUCGCUGCUGUGGGCCACUUUACCCAGCUGGUUUGGAAGGGAAGCGAAAAGCUAGGAGUCGGCCGUGCCGUCAGCAAAACCGGAAAGGUCUACGUCGUCUGCAAUUACGAGCCGGCUGGUAACGUCGUCGGCCAGUUCGCCAAUAACGUGACUGCUCCGAAGGCUGCUGGCACCGAAGCGGCUGAACAGAGGUCCGAGACGACGACGACGGCUGCUGCAUCGGGAAUCGUCGAGCUCGCGCAAUUGGACAGGAUAACGGCGGAGGAGCUGCGCGCCUGGUCAACCUGGCUGACAAAGGUCGCGGAGAUAGCCGAGCGCGAGUGGCACGAAUGGCUGCUGGCCCACAUAAAUUUGGCUUUGAGACUGAACGAGUGUCUGCUGAGAGCCAGACAAGAGAUCGAGUCGGAAAAACUGCAGGAAGCCGAGGAGGAUACCGGCAACGAUGUCGAAAGAGCCGAUGCGAGCGCAGAGCCAAUGGAGGAUGAAAAGAGCGAAGUAGUAAGUUACGUCUACGAGGAAGCGGAAGACAAAGUAGUUAGCGACAAAGAGCCCGAAACGCAAGAGGAGCCGAAUAACAGCAACGGCGGCGGUGGUAGUAGCUACGUUGGAAUCGAAAAAACGCACGAAAAUGUGGAACAAAAGGAGGCUGAGGACAAAAACACGGAGUCGCUUGUUUCAAUUGGCAUUGUGCCGACGGCGGCGGCGGUAGCGGCGGAGCUCGCGGCAACAAACGUCGACGACGACGACUCGCAAGAGAAAGAAGCCAAAAUCAUCCCUGUGCCGAGGGACGAGAGCGAGAUGCUGGAAAUCAUAAAAGAGUUCAGACGCCGGGCGAAAAGGUACCAGUCGCUCUAUAGAUACUGGCUCGAGACUGCAGACAGGGUAAUAGAGGAAAUAACCGGGAAGUCGUCGGAACGAGCGCAAACUCAUGAAGAAAUUCCUCGCUUCUUUUACUUGCGGAACCAGCCCGACGACGUUGAUGUAGGAAUCGAGAGCGACGACGAGGACGACGGCGAAGAAAUAGCGCGCAGCAGUCGGGAAAGGAUCACUUGCAACAAGCUUCAUCUAUUUUUCAAUCUAACGGAUGACUCCGACGAAACCGAGAACUCGUCAUACGAAAUUUAGCCCGGGACAAAUGAUCCCCCGCUGCCUCUUUAAACAUUCAGACAUUCUCGCGGAAUUGAUGGUGUCGUAUACGCGCGUGACAAAGGCGACGAACAAAAAAAAAACUGCGUAUCACUGUAACUCGACACAAUAAAAAUCUCACCUCGAAACCAUA